AGCGGAGCGCCAGAGACGCGCGGCGCCCAGCCUCUAUUCGGACUCUACGUGCAUUUCGCGCAAGUUAAACUUUUGUUUAGUUGCAGGAAGAAGCGGAAAAUCUCUCUGCACCUGGUUUAAUGACUGUAGAAAUUCCCGGAGGAUUUUUUUUUGUUAAAAGGGAAGUCUAUUUUCUGCCCUGAAAAAGACCUUAAGUAGUCUUGUAACUGUACAAAGCUUGAGUCUCCUGGACCCGAAGCGAUCAUAAUGUCAGAUCUUUCUGUGAAUGAUCAUCUUGAGGGAAUAUUGUCAGAUUUCGAAGCGCUGAAGAGAUCCUUUGACAUUGAGGAUGUGGACGAGAUCCCUGCUUACUCUCCUUCCUCGAACCUCAGCUCACCUUUCAGUCCAAGUCCGGUCCUCAGCAAAGCCAAUGAUGGCCGAGGGCCGGCUAAUCAUGGGCCGCCCUCCUACCAAUCACGGAUCAGCGUCGGUUCAAGCCCCGCCCAGAGUCCAGUCAUGAAGAGCAAAAUGGUGACCAGCCUGUCGUUUAAUCGCGGGACCAUUGGAGUGGUCAGGGCCAAUGGCAACACAGGUUCUGGAAUCACCCGUGUCUCAUCAUUCCAGAGCAGAUUCAACCCAAAUGGCUUUUUGUCCUCCGGCCCGGGAAGUGACAAUGACAGCCUCCACAGCUCCUCCUCUAGCCUGGACUACCAAGGCACCUCCAAGGUCAGCUCAUUGGCCAGCCCUCCCCAGAGCCCCAUAGGGGUAAGCGAGUAUAAGCCCCAGCAUCUGGCCAACCCCGCCCUGAAGAAGUUUUCCUCGCAUGGCAACGUUUUCCACUCUGAGGUGGAAGCACCCACCCUCCUGGCCACAGAACCCGUAGGUGUCAACCAUGGCUCUAUGCCAUCCCUGGACCUCCAGAUCUCUGACAGCAGUGGGAGAAGAAAUGCGGGCCCCCUGGGAGUGAGGUAUGCUGGCAUGGCUCCCACUUGGGGUUCCAACCCUCUUGGAAGGGUUCCAUCAUUUUCGUCCAGCCCCCAGCCCCCCAAACCCAAAGAACCGGCCCGGCUCAGCAAGUUCCCUCUGGACCUUGAUAGCUUGGUGGCCAAACCCCAGGUUCCACUCCUUGAGGCUAUCCCGGCACCAAAACCGGCCCCUAAGCACAAUGGGAAUCUGAUCAGCCCCUCAAACACACCCAUCAUUCCCACCCACACCCUGGAUGCUGUCCCCCCAUCUCCGGGGUCCCUGCCCGUCCCCAGCAUCAGCGAGUCCCCCGUACCCCUCUCCCCAGCCCAAACCCCGCAGCUCAAGCUGGUAUCGCAGCCCCAAGUGGUCCAGCUCUCCCCCGACCCAGCGGCUCUGACCCCAGGUCCUGGCCCGGAUGUGCUGCAGGAUGCCGGGGAGACCGUGGGCUCCAUCCUUCAGAGGAUCGCGUCCUUUACACCGGCCAGCGCCGUGGGACUCAGACCCAGAGAGAGCAACCGCAGCAACGGGGUGCAGGAGCAAGAAACGGCUGUACAUCUCCAGCAGUUCCAACAAGACGACACGACGCAGGGCCCUGAGCCGCAGGUCCACAUGGCGGAGCGAAAGGCAGAGCUCGAGCAGCAGCCCUGCGUGGCCGAGCCCCGCCCCCAAGGUCAUGUGAUGGCCAUGGAGCCCCGCACCCAGGGCCGCAUCUCCGGCAGCGAGCUGAUUGGCUACGUGGGCAUCGAGGCGGUCCUGGACCAGAUGAAGCGCAAAGCAAUGAAGACUGGAUUCGAGUUCAACAUCAUGGUGGUGGGUCAGAGCGGACUUGGAAAGUCGACGCUGGUGAACACGCUCUUCAAGUCCAAAGUGAGCCGCAAGUCCUGCACUCCCGACCACGAGGAGAAGAUCCCCAAGACCGUGCAGCUGCAGUCAGUGAGCCACGAGAUCGAGGAGAAAGGUGUGAAGAUGAAGCUGACGGUGAUCGACACCCCCGGCUUUGGGGACCAGAUUAACAAUGAGAACUGCUGGGACCCGAUAGUGACGUACAUCAACGAGCAGUAUGAGAAGUACCUAGUGGAGGAGCUUAACGUCAACAGGAAGAGGAGGAUCCCGGACACACGUGUCCACUGCUGCGUCUACUUCCUGCCAGCCACGGGACAUUGCUUGCGGCAAAUCGACGUGGAGUUCAUGCAGAGGUUGGGGACGGUCGUGAGCAUCGUGCCCGUCAUCGCCAAGGCCGACACGCUCACCUUGGAGGAGAGGCUGGACUUCAAGGCCAGGAUAAGACAGAACAUGCAAGAUCAUGGGAUCAGGGUGUACCCACAGCGGGAGUAUGAUGAGGAUGAGGACGAUGCACUGCGCAAUGACAAAAUCAGGGAAAACAUCCCGUUUGCAGUGGUGGGCACGGACAAAGAGCACCAGGUCAACGGAAACAAGGUCCUAGGAAGGAAGACCAAGUGGGGGAUUAUAGAAGUUGAGAAUGUUGCACAUUGCGAGUUUGCCAACUUGAGAGAUUUGCUCAUCAGAUCCCAUCUGCAGGAUCUCAAAGAUGUCACACAGAACCACUACGAGGAAUACAGGGUCAGGAGGCUGAACGAAAGCAAUGCCCGAGGGCUAGAACUGUCCCCGGUGAACGGCUACGUGGCGAAGAGCGAUGCGGAGAGCCACCUCUGAGCAAGGAAGAGGAGAAGAGGAGAGGAAGAGAGGAAUGGAGGGAUCCAGCGUGAUGCUUAAUGCCCGCCCAACACAUCUGAAAGGAAGAAACUGUUCAAAUGCAUUGCGCCCCCCCCCCAUGGAAUCUUGUUUAAUUUCAUUUUUAUUUUUGUAGACAUUAUUUUCAAAUUUUUACUCCUUCAAUAUAUAAGAAUACACAUAUUUUGGAUAUUACGUGUGGUGAAAUUCACCAAAAGGUCAUUAUCUUAGAAUUGUAUACUGAGUGAGAAAAUCGAGUUAAAAAAAAACGCGUUAAAAUGUGUGCAGCGAGAUUAUUUUAAUAGAUUACCGGAUUAGUUCAUAAACUAAGGGUCCAUCGUCACAAAGAUCAUAAUCCCACACAGAACGUUCAGACCGUUGCGUUGGCUUUCAUUCCGCCUUUUUAUCAAUGAAAAAUGUGAUGUUUUGUUCAGUUUGCAUUUUAAUCGCGAUUUAUUCAGAGUUAAAGUUGUAUGUUGCAAAAUGUUUGUGUUUAUUUGUUUCUAAUCUUUAUACCCACUUAUUUUUAACCAAAUGGAGACGCUGGGUCUGUUAAUAGAUUUCCUCAAGAAGAUAGCAAUAAUGCUUCAGCACCGGGACUGCUACAAUAAGACUUUUAUACAGCGCUAAACAAUAGUCAGCUUCUGUCUUAUUUGCUUUACUAUUUUUUAUCGCCACUUCUUGGUCAGUGUUGACUGCAGUUUUACGGGGUAAAUAAACAAAUAGGCUCACUAA